GUGUUUCAACCAACCUUCCGGCAGCUGCAACAACAACGCACCGGUACUACCGCCACCGAGUCAGCGACUACUACCUCCAAAGGAACGUAAACAACAAAACAAAUCAGCAAUCAUGUCGAUGCCCGCUAUUUCGCGCAUGUUCCAAAUGCUGAAAGGAUCUCCGGUGGCAGUCGUCGGUGGAACCAUUCUGGUGACGGGAUCGCUGCUCUACACGUACCGCGCUGUGUAUCGUCCGUUUAUUACCCGACGAGAGCGGGCCGAAUCGGAAGCGAUGGCAAACUACAUUUUUCAAAUGGAGCAAUCGAAAGGGCAACGACAGACCAGUGAACACAGUUGAGCUGUGAUGAGGGUGAUGAAGAUUGGUUAAUAAAUUUAGUGAAGUACAUUUAACCAUAAAGUGAACUAUUUGCUAGUUGAGCAGUUCAUUGGUUCAAA